CGCUUCCUCCAGGCAGUGUCUUAAAAAGAGGGAGCUCCGAACAGGUUCUGGGAAAUGGAGGCGUCCAGCUCCCCCAUAGCAGCUAUAAAAUAUGCGAUAAUGAGGCUAAAUUGCCAGAAAUAGAAUGAGAUGCCAGGCCGUUAGCAGCAGUGUACCAGGGUGAGGGUCUGCCGUGGGUGCUGCUGGGGCUCUGUUUCCCCAUCUGGGUGUGGGGUCCGUGUCCUUCAUCUCCCCACUAACAGGACUGCUGUGCAUACCAGAUGCUGAUCUCCUAUUACUGGAAAACAGGAAUUAGCCUGUCUGCUUGAGGAUGUGGUUGGUUCUUUAUAAAAAGGAUAUACAAGAAAACUUGCACAUAGACUGCCAGCUUCGUUAUGCUGCCGACAGCUUCCAGCAAAAGAAGAACAUUUGCAGCCAGAUAUUUCGUUUUCAGGGCUAUUGGGACCAGCUGGAUGGUCCAGCACACCCAGGAUGGACAGAUGUGGUAUGCUAGGGAGAUGGAGCUUCAGCUGCCUGGCAACAGAGAUUCCCGCUCCAAAAGCCUGGUGAUGGGAGAGCAGAGCCGGAGCCCCGGGCGGCCGCCCUGCCCCCGCAGGCUGGGCCCCGUGCUGAAGGCGGGCUGGUUGAAGAAGCAGAGAAGCAUCAUGAAGAACUGGCAGCAACGCUGGUUCGUGCUGCGUGGGGAUCAGCUCUUCUACUACAAGGACAAAGAUGAGACCAAGCCCCAGGGCUUUAUUUCUCUACAAGGGACCCAGGUGACUGAACUUCUUCCUGGCCCUGAGGACCCAGGAAAGCACCUUUUUGAGAUCAGCCCAGGUGGUGCCGGGGAGCGGGAGAAGGUGCCGGCCAACCCCGAGGCGCUCCUGCUCAUGGCCAGCUCCCAGCGGGACAUGGAAGACUGGGUGCAGGCCAUCCGCCGGGUCAUCUGGGCCCCGUUUGGCCGAGGGAUCUUUGGGCAGCGGCUGGAGGACACAGUCCACCAUGAGCAGAAGUACGGCCCCCGCCUGGCGCCGCUGCUGGUGGAGCAGUGUGUGGACUUCAUCCGGGAGCGCGGGCUCACCGAGGAGGGCCUCUUCCGCAUGCCCGGCCAGGCCAACCUGGUGAGGGACCUGCAGGAUUCCUUUGACUGUGGGGAGAAGCCACUGUUUGACAGCACAACCGACGUGCACACGGUGGCCUCCCUGCUGAAGCUGUACCUGCGGGAACUCCCCGAGCCUGUGGUCCCCUUCGCCAGGUACGAGGACUUCCUUAACUGCGCCCAGCUGCUCACCAAGGACGAGGGGGAGGGGACUCUGGAGUUGGCUAAGCAAGUGAGCAGCCUUCCCCUGGUCAAUUACAACCUGCUCAGAUAUAUCUGCAAGUUUCUGGAUGAAGUUCAGUCCCACUCAGAUGUCAACAAGAUGAGCGUCCAGAACCUGGCAACUGUUUUUGGGCCUAAUAUACUUCGGCCACAGGUAGAAGACCCAGUGACCAUUAUGGAAGGCACUUCUCUGGUCCAGCACCUGAUGACCAUCCUGAUCCGCAAACACAGCCAGCUCUUCACUUCGAGGACCAUGGAGGGGCCAGCCUUGCCACGCGGGGGCCCACCGUGCACCGUGGGAUGGGGCUCCGAGGAGGUCACCAGGGACGACCAGGCAGAGCCCAGCAGUCCCAGCGCCCCCUGCCUGCCCUCACACAGGACCUCUUCUCUGGAUGGGGCUGCCGUGGCGGCGCUCUCUAGAACCUCUCCCACGGGCCUGGGGAGCCGAGGCAGCCCUGCUGCCACCAGCCUUGGGAAGAAGGUGCAGACUCUGCCCAACUGGAGGUCUUCCUUCCGGCAGUCAGGGUCCCGGUCGGGGAGUCCGAAGGUGGGCACCUCAUCCCUGGAGGUCCCCAUCAUCUCCUCUGGAGGGAACUGGCUCAUGAAUGGGCUGUCCUCCCUGCGAGGCCACCGCCGGGCCUCAUCAGGAGACCGGCUCAAGGACUCAGGCUCCGAGCAGAGACUCUCCACCUACGACAAUGUGCCCCCGCAGAGCUCCUUUCCCAGCACACCCAGUGUGGCCAGCCUGCCAUGGUCUGGGGUCUCCUCCUGUGAGGCCUCGGCCAGGGGCUCAGUCAGCAGCUGCACAGCAUGCCGGGCCAGCGACUCCUCUGCCUGCAGCUCCCUGCACGUUGAGGGGGCCCUCGAGCCCUCCCCUGUCCUCAGCAGCAGCGAAGUGGAUCUGGACCAUGGCCUGGAUGGAGUGGGCGCCUGCAUCAGCAGCAGCGAGCCCAGUGACCCGGGCAGCCCCGCCCAGGACCACGCCCGUCGAACCGAGGUUCUCCAGGGCCUGGUCACAGAGCUCAGAGCAGAGCUGUGCCGGCAGAGGACUGAGUAUGAGACGAGCGUGAAAAGACUCGAAGAAGGUAGUGCCGACCUGAGGAAACGAAUGUCACGGCUAGAAGAAGAACUAGAUCAAGAGAAGAAAAAGUACACAAUGCUGGAAAUAAAGCUGAGGAACUCGGAGCGGGCACGGGAAGAUGCAGAAAAGAGGAACCAGCUGCUGCAGAGAGAAAUGGAGGAGUUUUUUUCAACCCUGGGAAGCUUGACUGUUGGGGCAAAAGGUGCCAGAGAGUUGAAGUAAAGGAACCAGCAGAGUUCGUUUCUGCUGCAUGCUUGUCCUCCCAGCCUUCCACAGUCUCAAGAGGAGCCAGAGCCUCUGCAGCUGGACCUGGGCUUCAGUGGUGCCAGGAGAGCCGGCCCGGGCUGGAGAAAGCAGUCCUGACACCCUGGCAGGAGCCCGAGCCCCACUCGGGAUCUGGAGGCUGCUCCGACCGUGCAAGGUGUGGCAGGCAUCAAAGCGGCAGUCCCAUGACCAUUAAAAUAGAUGGCACAUGGGAUCUGAGUAGCCCACCAGGAACUUUCUGCAUUCUUUAUUAAAUGUGCUCUCAAAGCA